AUGUCUCAUAACAAUACCGACAACAACAAAAAGGAAUCUUUUUCACAAAAUUUGGAAUCAACAGCAUCAUUAUUAAAUACAACAGCUACAACAACAUCAUCAAUUUUCAGUUUUAAUUUUAAAAAUUUAAAUCUUAAUCAUAAAAUUAUAAUUGAUCAUGAAAAAAGAGCUGAUAAUACAACUACUACAACAUCAAGUUCAUCUGGUAAUGGUCAAUCAUUAAAUGGUCAAUCUUCAUUAACAUCAAAUGGUGGUGGAGUUUUUUCUUCGUUUGUUGAAAGUUCAACUACUACUAAUGGUUUUAGUAGUAAUGGAAAUUCACAAAAUUCUAAUACUGGUGGUGGUGGAUUCCCAACAGAAACUGGUGAAAGUUCAACAACUUCAAGUACUUCAUCAUCUUCAACAACAUCAAGUUCAACAGAAUCAACUACUUCUACAACUUCAUCAUCAUCUACAACAUCAUCAUCAAGUUCAAAUUCACAAGCAGUAGCGGAAACUGAAUCAGAAUCAGAAUCAACCACAUCUUCUUCAUCAUCAAGUUCAACAUCAUCAUCAUCAAGUAGAGAAUCAUCAUCAUCAGAUAGAGAUUCAUCAUCAGUAACAAGACAAGUAACUACAUUAUCAUCAGUUCAAGGUGGUUCAACAAUUGUUAUAACUCAAACAUCAAUAAUAUCAUCUGAUCCAACAUCAACAAAUUCAGCUCAAAAUAGAGAUUCUAAUGGAGGAGGAUUAUCACAAACAAAUAAAAUUGUUGUAGGAGUAGUUGUUGGAGUUGGUGGAUCUAUUUUAAUUGGUCUUAUAUCAAUAUUAUUUUAUCUCAAAAGAAGAAACAAUAAAGAUCAUGAAAAUGGUUGGACUUUUUGGCGUAAGAAUGAAAAAUUAGGUAGUGAUGAAUUUUUUAAUGGUGAAUUGGGUGUAAGAGAUAGAAAUAUUAAUCAAGGUUCUAAUUUUUAG